UGUCAGCUGCACAUAUACACUGUCUGCUACCUCCAGCUAUAGGAGAGGACAACUACCUGUCUCUUUAUUCGAGCUUCACCUGUCACGACUUCAAAAGAUGUCUCCAAAAGCCACUUGCGCCCCAGAUGACCUGCGCACGUCCAGGGAUGCGGUGACGCUCAGCAGGUUUCCUCCAACACUCUGCAGCCCCGUGAAAGAAGCUGGAGACGCUUCAGGACCCUCCAAUGAAAAUCUGCCUCUAAAACCACUGACUGCCGUUGGAGGGAAGUCGUCCUCAGUGAAGCAUCCUAAAUCCAGAUGUGAGCAGUCCGGACAGCGGGGCAGGCGCAGGAUGAAGGCAAACGACAGGGAGCGUCUCCGCAUGCACAACCUAAACUCCGCUCUGGACGCGCUCAGAAGCAUCCUGCCGGCGCUGCCCGAAGACGCAAAGCUGACCAAGAUCGAAACGCUGCGCUUUGCCCGCAACUACAUCUGGGCUCUGACCGAGACUCUGCGCAUGGCCGACCAGCACGGACACACGCCGGACUACCUGGCGUCAGAUCUGAGCAGCCCGGCGAGUGUUUUCUCUGCAGAGUGGGACUCAGUAUCACCUGCAGAGGCUGGAUAUGGAACCACUGACCAAAGCAUCUCUUACAAAUCUGUGGAUGAAGCGAGCUGUAAACUCUUUACAAGAGAUGAGUCCAGUGCUUUCCCUGUGACCUUUUAUUUCAAAUGCGGUGAAAGUGAUCUCAGAAAUACUUGGCACUAUUGACUUUUUAUGAUCACAGCUGCAUAACUGCCUGGUGAAAAGAUUAUGUUCGAGUCUUAAAAAAAAAAAAAAAAAAGUCAAGAACAAAACCUGCAUGGAAAAGUUUUAGGCAUGUUGCUUUAUCAGUGAUAUCAAAACUGAUCUUAAAUGUAAAUGAUGUGGUUCAUAUAGAAGACUGUAGUGGCAUUUUCUAUCUUCAGUGUGUAUUUUUUUAAAAAGCACUUAAACUGGGAACCAAACAGAAUCUGUUAAAAUUACAUUUCCAAAGUCGUAACUAUGAUUUCAGGCAAUUUCUAUGUGUUAAAAG